AUGGCCUGGUGUUUCCACGCAAAUCAUACAGUGAACGAUCAAGGGCCUCGAGCGGCAAACACUUACCUCCUCCUCCUCCUCCUCCUCCUCCUCCUCCCCCUCCUCCUCCUCCUCCUCCUCCUCCUCAUCCUCCUCCUACUCCUACUCCUACUCCUACUCAUCUUCCUUCCCCUCCCCAUUCUUCUUCUUCUUUUUCUUCUUUACCUUUGCUGA